AUGGGUGAACCCACCGUCAACGGCGAGAAGCACCAUUCCCAAUUCCUCGACCACCUCGUCUCCUACCCCCUCAUCUCAGACUCCAUCGACUUCUACAAGGGCAACCCCUACGGAGCCAAGUCCAUCCAGUAUGCCGACAAGGGCUACACCCGUCUAGCCAAGCCCGUCCUGCCCUACUUCUCCGGCCCAUACAGCUAUGUCGCUCCCUACUUGGCUCGGGCCGACUCCCUCGGUGACAAGGGUCUGACUGAGAUCGAUUCUCGCUUCCCCAUCAUCAAGGAGGAUACCCAGAAGCUGCGUGGCUCCAUCUAUAAUGGCGCUUCGAUGCCAAUUCGUCUGGCUGGCGAGGUGAAGCACCAUGUCUAUGAUAUCUAUGGCUCUGAGUAUAAGAAGUGUGGUGGGGAUGGCGUCCUUGCUUCUGGUAAGGCCGUGGUUACCACCAGCCUGGUCUUGUCGCAGGAGUCGUUGGCUUGGAUUAGCACUUUCCUCCAGACUAAGAAGGAAGAGGUGAAAGAGGCUGUGAACGAGAAGAACAGUCAUUGA